UUCUGGCCUGGUUCAUGCCAUGCAGGUAUUGACCUAGAUUAAGACCUCCAUUGUGGUCACCCAUGGACGAAUGAACUUUUGCUCUUCCAGCCUGUUACUUAAUGAGACUAAGUACAUAGCUAGUAUAGAUAUUCUUGAUGUAAACAAGGAAAGCGUGUGACUGACGGAUGUGUAACUCGUUCAGCAUUUACUACGACUCCGCUUUUACUCUGACAACAGUGUGUUUCUUUACUUAUAUGUGGAAAUUGACGUAUUAAAUGAGAGGAUAUUGGAUCACUCUGAACAUCAAUUAACGAUAAUGAACCCAAAUAAUUAAGAAUGGGACUGCAGUAAUUAUCGUGUCUUGUCUGAGGGAAAUUUUCCUAAGCACCAUGAAGAGUUGGAAUUUAGAACAUAGUGAUUCUGAAUCAUCAGUCUAAUAGGUGGAAAUUCAGCCGCAAAGUUUAAGAUAAUAUUGAAAUUAGUGUUUGUGUGCGCAAUUUGCCAGCUAGUGUUAACUAAGCUAUAUUUUCAUUAUUAUAGCACUUCUGACGAUUAGAUUAGAAUUGUUACGGCAAGUUCUACAUAAACACUAUAUGUAAUUAUAUAUACAUUAUUAUAUACAAGUGUCAAAUCUGGGAGAUUUUUAAUUGAUAUUUAAAAAAAACAAAAAACAAUGGAGCAACAAAAUACGACACUAACAGCUAAAGACAUCCAGAUGGAUGAGAAGAUUCCGAUUCAAAACGGAGAGCACGUCCACCAAAACGGAGAAAGCGGGAAACAAAAUGGAGUCUCGGAAAACGGAGUGCCUGCGGAACCCAAGAAAGGCCAGGCCACGGUUACGAUAAACCCGGAGGUCAAAGUGAGGACGGUGAAUAAAGAGAAACAGAAGGAGAAAGUUCAACAAAUCGGGUUCUUUACUCUGUUCCGAUAUGGGAGUCUGUUUGAUAAGAUUAUUUUGGCCGUGGGGAUAUUGUGCGCCAUGGGGACGGGGUGUGCCACGCCCAUCAACUUCUUUGUGUACGGAGAUCUGGCCAAUUACUUCAUUCUGUACGACAUCGCCAAGGGAACGAACUUCAGUGACACCAACUUGACCACGCUAGUGAACCGUGAAGAGCUACUGAAGAGUCUUGAUAUCUUAGACAUUGCAAAGGAGCAUGCCCUGUACUUCUGUCUGAUCGCGAUUGGAGCCUUCACCCUCGGUUUCACCAGCAUCUUCUGUUUCACUGUGUCCGCAGAAAGACAGAUCCGGGUCAUCCGGAAGCUUUUCUUUCGCUCCAUCAUGCGCCAGGACAUGGAGUGGUUUGAUACACACGAAAGCAGCGAAUUAAGCACACGGUUUUCAGAAGAUAUGCAUUUGAUAUAUGACGGCAUGGGAGACAAGAUAGCCACAUUUUUCCAGUGGACGACCACAUUUGUGGUCUCUUUCGUCAUCGCGUUCAUCUCUGGGUGGAAGCUGGCCCUAGCUACCGUUGCAUUCUGUCCCCUCAUCAUUUUAAUCGGUGGGACAUUGACCAGGUGGGUGCGUAAUUUGUCGGGAGAGGAGUCGCAGGCCUACGCCAGUGCGGGGUCGGUAGCGGAGGAAGUGUUCUCAGCCAUCAGAACGGUAACUGCCUUCAACGGGCAGGAGAAGGAGUGUAAACGGUAUAAUGCCAACCUGAUGCACGCCAAAAAUAAUGCAGCCAAAAAGGGCGUGGUGCUGGGUCUGACGGUCAGUGCCUUUUGGUUCUUGAUCUUUUCUGCACUCAGUGUGGCAUUUUACUACGGAGUCAAACUCAUGCAAGACCCUGAUGAGGAUUUCGACCCAGGGGACACCCUCACUGUGUUCUUGGGGGUGAUGAUUGGUUCCAUGUCUCUGGGUCACGCCUUCCCCACCCUGGAAAUCAUCGCUAAUGCUCGCGGGGCGGCCACCAAAGUAUUCUCUAUCAUCGAACAGAAAUCCAAGAUAAAUUAUGAGCAGGAAGGGGGCAGGAAGCUAGAGAAGAUGGAGGGGAACAUCAAGUUCCGAGGUGUCCAUUUCCGUUAUCCCGCUCGACCCAACAUCCCUAUUCUACAAGGCAUCGAUUUAGAUGUACAGAAGGGACAAACUGUGGCAUUAGUUGGAUCUUCGGGCUGUGGCAAAAGUACCAUUAUCCAACUGUUACAGAGAUUCUACGAUCCAGAGGAAGGGCAGUUGAGUGUGGACGACGUUGACGUCAAGGAGAUGAACUUGACCUGGCUGCGCCAGCAGAUUGGUGUGGUCAGCCAGGAACCGGUUCUGUUCGGUACCACCAUCGCCGAGAACAUCCGCUACGGACGAAUUGAUGUAACGCAGGGGGAGAUAGAACAGGCCGCUAAGGAGGCCAAUGCCCACACAUUUAUAAAGGAACUCCCACAGGGCUAUGAGACUUUGGUGGGGGACAGGGGAGCCCAGCUGAGUGGGGGACAGAAGCAGAGAAUCGCCAUCGCGCGGGCCCUGGUCAGAAACCCCAAGAUCUUACUGCUGGAUGAGGCAACCUCAGCACUGGAUAAUGAAAGCGAGGCGGUGGUGCAGAAAGCCUUGGAAAGGGCAGAAGUUGGGAGGACCACCAUUGUGGUGGCCCAUAGACUGACAACGGUUAGAAACGCGGACGUGAUAUUCAGCAUGGCGGACGGUCGGGUCCAUGAGAGGGGCAGUCACAAAGAACUAAUGGACAGGAAGGGACUCUACUACACCCUGGUCAACUUACAGUCCCAAACUAAUGAAGAAACAGAGGAAGCUUCAUUUUCAUUGGAUAAAACCCCCUCACCUCAAGUCAAAGACUCGUUCUUGGCCUGGGUGAGCUCAACUCAGGGUAAGUUGGCUGAAGAGUUGGAACAUGAACUGUUUGAGGAUGAAGAGGCGGAUGAAAAUGCUGCCCUCAUGCAUAAGGUCAAAGGUCAUCAUGCCACGCCCAUUGCUAGGCAGAUGUCUGCCAUGAGCAGCCAUAGUAAUGAUGUCAUUGACGGCAAAGCAGAAACUGACGAAGAAGAGGCGGAGGCUGACAUUCCCCUGGCCCCCCUCAGUAAGAUCAUGAAGAUGAACUCACCCGAGUGGCUGUACAUAACAGUGGGCAGUAUCUGUUCCGUGAUCGUCGGCGCAAUACAACCCGCCUUUGCCUUCCUGAUGGCUGAAUUCUUGAAGGUGUUUUCCAUGACCAAAGAGGAGCAGGACCGAGUGUCCCUAAUCUUAGUGGGCAUCAUCAUGGGAAUCGCUGUCUUCAAUGCAUUACUUCGACUCGUGCUGGGUAUUUGCUUUGUAAAGGCUGGUUCAGAUUUAACAUUGAGGAUGAGGAAAUUAGCUUUCAAGUCAAUCGUCUGGCAGGAUAUUAGUUUCUUUGACAACCACGAGAAUCGAGUGGGGGCUCUGACAACAAGACUGGCCAGUGAUGCGGCUCUUGUACAAGGGGCCACAGGUACAAAGAUAGGACAGGUGCUCGAGUCCCUGGCGGUGCUGACCACUGCCCUCAUUGUGGCGUUCAUCUACAGCUGGAACCUGACCCUCGUCAUACUCGCAUUUAUGCCCCUCAUGAUUGGUGUGGGUGUCGUCCAGUCUAGACUGGUGGCAGGGUUUGCCAAGGGGGACAAGAAAGCAAUGGAAGAGGCGGGAAAGAUCUGCACAGAGGCUAUAGAUAACGUCAGGACUGUGGUAUCCCUAACCAGGGAGAAGACUUUUGUUGACGAGUAUUCCAACCAUGUUGACAGUAUUUACAGGUCUGGGAUCAAGAGAGCUGCCCUGUAUGGUGUUGUAUUUGCUGUGUCUCAGUGCUUCAUGUAUUUCGCCUACGCUGCCUCGUUUACUUAUGGUGCCUACUUAGUUACUCAGGGACUUGGAUUCCAGGAUGUGUUCAGAGUGUUUGGUGCAAUUAUAUUUGGUGGAAUGCAUGUUGGACGCACAGGGUCCAAUGCGCCAGACUUCACAAAAGGAAGACGAGCAGCUAGUAGACUGUUCUCUCUCAUCGAGAGGAAACCAGCCAUUGAUGCCAAGACAGAGGACGGUCAGAAACUGAAGUCCUUCACAGGAGCGGUAGAGUUCAAGGACGUUCGCUUCUCCUACCCAUCCCGACCGGACGUUGAGGUCCUAGGGGGCCUCAGCCUCUCUGUGAGCCCGGGGGAAACACUGGCCCUGGUGGGAACCAGUGGUUGUGGUAAAAGUACCACUGUUCAGAUGAUAGAGCGGUUCUACGACCCAAGUGGAGGCUUGGUGAUUGCUGAUGGUGUUGACCUAAAAUCUCUCAACCUGACCUGGUUAAGAUCUCACAUUGGCAUUGUGUCUCAGGAACCCACCCUGUUUGACACCAGUAUAGCCGAGAACAUAGCAUACGGGGAUAACUCCCGAGAGGUUCUGAUGGACGAAAUAAUCAGUGCAGCACGGAACGCUAACAUUCAUAACUUCAUUGAGAGUUUACCUCAUGGAUAUGAGACAAAUGUCGGAGAAAAGGGCACACAACUCUCUGGAGGACAGAAGCAGAGGAUAGCGAUCGCGCGAGCACUGGUCCGGAAUCCCAGAGUUUUGCUGCUGGACGAAGCCACGUCAGCCUUAGAUACAGAAAGUGAAAGGAUUGUUCAGGAUGCUUUGGACAACGCCCGACAGGGUCGUACGUGUGUGGUGAUAGCUCACCGACUGUCCACCAUUCAGAAUGCGGAUAGAAUAGCCAUCAUACACAAGGGCCACGUAGUAGAACUAGGGACUCACUCGGAACUGUUGGCAAAGAAAGGCGUCUACUGGAAGUUAUCUCAGCAUAACGUCAAAAAGAGCUGAAAAUCAACAGUGUCUUAAAAUAUGUAUCAGUUUGCAUAAUCUUUCAGCACCCAUUCUCUUUAUUAUGUGUUGACUCCAAAAUUGUCAUUAUCUUACUAUGUGUCAGAAAGAGCUGAAUAUCAACAGAGUCUGACAAUAUGUAUUAGUUAAUUUGCAUAAUCUCUCAGCACCCAUUCUCAAAAAUGUGUGAUGUUGACUUCAAAAUUGUCAGAAUCAGACUAUUUCUAUGUAAGUUUGUAUAAUUAUUAUCUUUCUCAUCAUCCAUCCAUUAAUUAUAAUGUUCGAUGACUCCAGCACUCCAAAGCAUCACACAUUUGAUGACUGUUCAGACUUUUUAUUUUAUUAAGAUAACUUUGAAAAUUAAUGUAUUUGAAGAAGUCCAGGUUGUAUCAUUUGAUUUAUUUGUGCAAAUGUUAACAGAACAAGAUAUUGACACAGAUAUAAAUGUUAGUUGAUAUCUUCUUCAAUUCAAUGUCCAUUCCUCUUCUCAUUCAGCUGUUACACCAUCUACUUUCCCAUCAUGCAAAUCAAUUUUAUUUCCCUGAUUGGUUUGUUACUUUGUGAGUGGAAGCCACAGGGACAAAAUUUCACUCCUUUUUAAAAAAAAAACAUUAUUUGUUAUCUACCACAGACAUUUGAAAUUAGGGAACUGACAACCUCAUGUAAAUCUUUUACACGUGACGGACCAGUAUUUUUUAUUAGAUUGUAUUACAUGUAUUUUGUUUUUGAUUAUACUACAGUUAGGACCAUAUUUACGUUUUUGAAUUGGAAGCAUGUACUCUUUUUAUACAUUUGUUAAGUCAUAUUACUGGAAACAAAUUUUCUAUGUUAUGUCUAUUUUGUGUACAUUUAAUAUGUAUAAACUGACAUAUCAUGUUUUAAUAACUGUUCAUCACUGGGUUAUUUCUCCACAUCAUAUCAUUUUCCACUUCUCCACUAUCCACUUUAUUCAUAAGUUACUCGGGGUCUCUAGAAUUUACUCAAAGAAUUUGGUUUCUACAGAAUUGUCAUUUUUGAUGUAUUCACAAUUUGAAAAAAAAAUGAAAAUUCCAUACAAGUAAGGAAAUUUUGAUUUUAAAUUUUAAAUUUCAAAUUUUGAUUUUGAGGUAAUGCUCUCACACUUUUCAUUCAAAAUUGGCAGGAAAAUAAUUAGAAUUGCCGAAAAAAAAUUUGACUUGUAGUUAAGAAUCUUUCAUGAUUGUUUCUGACCAAGAAAUUGGUAUUUAUAUGUUAGCAGCUCAGGGAUUCUGUUCUGUUUUUGUUAUAGGCAUACAUAGACUUGUGCAAGACCUCUAUGUCCAAACAAUCUAACAUGUAGCAAUAUCCGCUGUGCCUUUAUGUUCAUUCUUUGCAAUAGUUACUGUUGUACAUCUGUUUGUUGUUCCUUGUUUUAGGAUCAUGAUUAAUAUUGAAGUUGAUAGAAAUGUUGUAAGUGAAUAUAGCUGUUAGUAAAAGUAAAAUGACAGUUGUGAGUUUUGAGUCUGAUAUGCUGAGUUUUGAGUCUGUAAUGCUGAGUUUUGAGUCUGAUGUGCUGAGUCUGAUGUGCUGAGUUUUGAGUCUGAUAUGCUGAGUUUUGAGUCUGAUAUGCUGAGUUUUGAGUCUGUAAUGCUGAGUUUUGAGUCUGAUGUGCUGAGUCUGAUAUGCUGAGUUUUGAGUCUGAUAUGCUGAGUUUUGAGUCUGAUAUGCUGAGUUUUGAGUCUGAUGUGCUGAGUUUUGAGUCUGAUACGCUGAGUUUUGAGUCUGUAAUGCUGAGUUUUGAGUCUGAUGUGCUGAGUCUGAUGUGCUGAGUUUUGAGUCUGAUAUGCUAAGUUUUGAGUCUGUAAUGCUGAGUUUAGAGUCUGAUGUGCUGAGUCUGAUGUGCUGAGUUUUGAGUCUGAUGUGCUGAGUUUUGAGUCUGAUAUGCUAAGUUUUGAGUCUGUAAUGCUGAGUUUAGAGUCUGAUGUGCUGAGUCUGAUGUGCUGAGCUUUAAGUCUGAUAUGCUGAGGUUUGAGUCUGAUCUGUAAUGCUGAAUUUUUUGGAAUCUGGGUCUGCAAGUCUUAGUGUUUUUGGGCAUUAUUUAACAAUUUAAUACUUUAGGAUUGUGCAAGUCUUUAGAUGCAGUGCAACCUGCAGAUUGUGCUGGUGACUUAUUUUUUAAAGAUUGUAACAGUUACUGUAAAAUUCUGCCUAAUUUGACCUUCAGUAUUUACAAGUUUUAAAGAAUAUGUAUUUAAAUAUAUAAGUUUCAGAAUUUUUUCUGUAUAGUAUCUUGAAUGAUUGUUUUUUAAAUGGUGUUUAUAACUUUAGAGUGUGUUUGCUAUAUUAUGAAUGGUGUCCAACU